AUGCUGAAGAAGGCUCUGGUUGGAGCGGGAGGGCUCGGCAUGAUAUCCGUUGGAGGCGUUUACCUACUUAAGGUAAACUUUCACAAAAAUAUGAUUGAUAAGGAUGUAACAUACAAGUAUAGUCCAAUUGGUAAUAGAUCUGAAAUGAUAAACAGACUAAAAACAAAUCAGUAUGAUAUAUUAAUAAUUGGUGGAGGAGCAACCGGGGCAGGUUUAGCUUUAGAUUGUGCAACAAGAGGAAUAAGAUGUGCACUAAUUGACAGAAACGAUUUUUCAAGUGGAACUUCUUCAAAAUCGACUAAAUUAUUACAUGGUGGUAUUAGAUAUUUAGAAAAUGCAGUAAAGAAAUUAGAUAUAUCAGAAUUAUAUUUUGUUUGGGAAGCUUUAGGUGAAAGAGCCCAUGCAAUGAAAAUUGCACCGUUUAUGUCUCGACCUGUUCCGAUAUUAAUGCCUAUAUAUAAAUUAUGGCAAGUUCCUUAUUUUGCAUAUAAUAUAAAAAUAUAUGAUUUAUUAGCUGAUUUAGUUUGUUAUUUUGAUAAGGGAGUACCCAAUUCUAUGUAUAUACAAAAACAAAACACAUUAGAUCAAUUUCCUUUGUUACAUCAAGAUGAAUUAAAAGGAUCUUUGGUAUAUUAUGAUGGGCAACAUAAUGAUGCACGAAUGAAUUUAAAUUUAGUAUUAACAAGUGCUAUAGAUAAUUAUGUACCGGGACAAGUCGGAGCUACUAUAUGUAACCACAUGGAAGUUAUAAGUUUUAUAAUGGAUGAAAAUAAUAAAAAAAUAAUAGGUGUUAGAGCUUUAGAUAAAAUUAAUAAUAAAGAAAUUGAAAUAUAUGCAAAAGUUAUUAUUAAUGCUACAGGACCACAAGGAGAUAUUAUUAGAAAAAUGGCAGAUGAAAAUAGUAAACCCAUGAUUCAAGUAUCUGUUGGAUGUCAUUUUAUUUUACCUAAAUGGUAUUCAUCUAAAAAUAAUGGAAUGAUAAUACCUAAAACAAGUGAUGGUAGAGUAUUAUUUUUAUUGCCUUGGGAAAAUAAUACAAUUGUUGGAACGACAGAUGAACAACGACCUUUAGUAGAUAAUCCCAAAAUUGCUAAAAAAGAUACCGAAUUUUUAGCAACUGAAUUAUCUAAAUAUAUUAAUGUUUCUCCAGAAGAAAUAAAAAAUGAUAUUAAAGCUGCUUGGUGUGGAUUUCGACCUUUAGUUCAUGAUUCAAAAAAACAAAAAAAACAAAAAAAUAAUAAUGAUCAAGAUGAAAUUACAACACAUGAAAUAUCAAGAAGUCAUGAAAUUAUUGAAGAUGAAAAUGGGCUAAUUAGUAUAUUAGGUGGAAAAUGGACUAUAUAUAGAAAAAUGGCUCAAGAUACACUUGAUUAUGUUUUAUCUAAACAUAGUGAUAAGAUACAAAAUAAAAAUGAAUGUAGAACUAAAUUUUUAAUGUUAAUUGGUAGUCAUGAUCAAAAUGGAAAUUUAAAUCACGAAGAUUUAACAUUUGGAUGUAGUAAAUUAGGAAAAAAACUUGUUGAUACAUAUUCAGAAAUUGAUUAUGAAACAGCUAAUUAUUUAGUAUCAAAUUAUGGUUAUUUAUCUGAAAAAGUUUGUGAAUUAGCAAAAGAAUUAAAACUAUUUAACAAAAUUGAUCAAACAAAACCAUAUAUAGAAGCUGAAAUUGUAUAUGCAAGUAGAUAUGAAUUUGCUAAUACUAUUUCCGAUGUUAUUGGAAGAAGGUUUAGAUUAGGGUUUAUUGAUACACAUGUUUCAAAUCAAGUUAUACAUAAAAUUGCUAAUUUAUUAAAAGAUGAAUUAAAUUGGUCUAAAGAUCAAAUGAACAAAAAUAUCGAAGAAGCCAAAUCAUAUAUCGAUUCAUUAUCUUUAGAAUAA